AUGGCCAUGGAUUCAAAAGAGUGUUCAUUGCCAUUAGAAUUAUUGGAAGAAAUACUCAGCAGGGUUCAAACUAAAUCUCUUCUACGACUCAAGUUAACGUGCAAACAAUGGCUAGCUCUGUUCAAAGACAAGAGAUUCGUUUACAAGCACUUAGCUCUCCUUCAGGGACAUAUCAUACGAAGCAACCAUAUUCAUAUGGUUAAGAUCUUCAACCCGGUAACUGGAGCUAUCUCAUCUUUUUCACUUCCACAAGAGUUUGAAGUCCACUCUGAGAUUUAUACUAUGAUUCACUGCGAUGGGUUAAUGCUAUGUAUCCUAGAGGUAGGUUCGGUUGCAUUAUGGAACCCAUGUUUGCAAGAAGUUAGAUGGAUCAAGCCUCUCUGUUCUACUUACCCUACUUGUCAUUGCUAUGGUAUUGGAUACGACGGUUCGUCUCGUGAUGGCUAUAAAUUCUUGAGAUUUGUGAAUGGUAUGUUUACCAUUAACAAGUACUCAAACACAGGGUCUUACAAACCAGAGGCUUACAUCUACGACUUCAAGUUGGAUUCUUGGAAAGUUCUUGAAGUUUCUUUGGAUUGGCAUGUGGUUUCUACUUGUAAAGGUGUGUCACUCAAUGGAAACAUGUAUUGGGUUGCUAAAUGGAAUCGCAAACCCGACAUGUUCAUCCAAUGUUUUAACUUUUGUACAGAGUCAUUUGACCCCUUAUGUGCUCUUCCCUUUGAGUAUGGUGCAGAUGAUGUUGUAGAUUUAUCAGUAGCUUUCAGAGGAAGCAAUCUUUCUUUGUUGCACCAAAGUAAAGAGACGACAAAGAUCGAGGUUUGGGUUAUAAACAAUGUCAAGAAGAACGGAGUGAGCACAUCAUCAUGGACCAAGUUGUUUAGUGCGACUAAACCUGAUCUCCCGGUAUUUAGUGCUUGUGAGAAUAUUGCUGGUCCGGUGCAUUUCAUUGAUAAGAAUAAUAGGAUCGUAUUAUGUUGUGAGGAACCAGUGGCAGAUGAAAGAAACGUAGCGGUCAAUGUCUACCUAAUUGGAGAAGCUGGUGAGAUCAUAAGACAAGCUGAGAUAGAACGACAUCAAAGGGGUUUUAGUUGGCCUUUUAUCUCCGGUUAUGCGUAUCUUCCAAGUCUUGUUCCGGUUCCAACAUCAGAGGACAAAACCGAAUAG